UAUAGUCAUAGUGUGCCAUGUGGUCGAACGUCGGCCUGUGUGAAGACAGUUAGUGUUAUAUUAAGCGUCGCGGCGUCUGUUAUUCGACGUCGCUGGUCCAACAUUUCACGUCCUAACUGACGCCCCGUAACUGAAAGAUGCUCUCAAAGAUCUCCAGGUCUCCUCUACAGCCUCGGAUACACAACCAAAAAUGUCUUCAAUAAUAAUCAUAACGAUAAUAACAUGUAAAAGUUGGUGAUGUUGAACUUGUACGAUUAUGAUGUUGAUGAUUGAUGAGUGUUGUUCCAUGACACACUGUUAAUAGUCGAAUAGCUAGUUAGUGAGAGGUUUUUUUGCGAUGUUGGUGUUGCUUCAAUGCAAAAGUGGAAAGGGUUCCAAGGGCCUGAAGAAUUUGAUCAGGGUCAGCCAUGUCCACAUAGACAGCGUCGUAUUCCGACUCCACUAUUCGAUCACUGUGAUCAUUCUGAUCGCAUUCAGUCUUAUAUUGACGACGAGACAGUACGUGGGCAAUCCCAUCGACUGCGUCCAUACCAAGGACAUACCGGAAGACGUCCUCAACACCUUCUGCUGGAUCCACUCGACGUAUACCGUGAGGGCGGCGUUUUACAAGAAAAUUGGAUUGGAAGUACCUUACCCCGGCGUGGAAACGGCAAAGGACGAAAAGGACAAGAAACUCUACAAAUACUACCAGUGGGUCUGCUUCUGCCUUUUCUUUCAAGCGCUGCUCUUUUACACGCCGAGGUGGCUAUGGAAAAACUGGGAGGGUGGAAAGAUACAUGCACUAAUGAUGGACCUGGAUGUUGGUAUAUGCACUGAUUUGGAGAAAAAACAGAAGAAGAAGCUGAUGUUGGACUAUCUGUGGGAAAACCUGAGGUAUCACAAUUGGUGGGCUUACAAGUACUAUCUCUGUGAGGUUUUGGCCCUUGUAAACGUAGUAGGGCAAAUGUUUCUCAUGAAUCGCUUCUUCGACGGUGCAUUUUUGACCUUUGGCAUCGACGUCAUAGCGUUCUUGGACAGCGACCAGGAAGACCGCGUGGACCCAAUGAUCCAAAUCUUUCCCCGAAUGACAAAGUGCACGUUCCACAAAUAUGGGGUGUCGGGUGAGAUAGAGCGACACGACGCCAUUUGCAUUCUGCCAUUGAAUGUGGUGAACGAAAAGAUUUAUGUGUUCUUGUGGUUUUGGUUUAUUAUUCUCGCGGUAUUAACGUUUGUUACCGUUAUUUAUAGGAUUAUAAUUAUUUUUUCGCCGCGCAUGCGAGUUUAUCUAUUGCGCAUGCGCUACAGAUUGAUUAGGAAGGACGCAAUUGACUUGAUAGUGCGUAAGAGCAAGAUGGGCGACUGGUUUCUCUUUUACAUGCUCGGAGAAAACGUCGACACGGUCAUAUUUAGGGACGUAAUGCAAGAGUUGGCAAACAAAAUCGGUAGACAUAAUUUCCACCACAUUGGCGGAUUUAAAGGAGAUAUCCAAGAGGCGUAGCUUUUAAUACGAUUAAAUGGUACUUAUCCUUUCGUAAUAUUUUCAAAAGACCAUGUAAUAAAAAUAUUUAAGGGAAAAAGAUAAAGCAAACUUCAAUUUAAUAACCGAGAAAAUGAUAUAUGAAGCUUCAAGGGUGCUCUAAAUUGUUUUUAAAACUUGUCUAUUAUGAUGCUCGGAAAAUAUUUUUCUUUCUUUUCAAUUUUAAGUGUAGACUGAUAGACUAUCAAUAUAAUAAUCGAGACGAGUGAAAAAUCGAGGGCAACAAAACUCUCAUAAAAAUCCCCACCGCCCUGAGACACAAAAUUAUGAUAAUGGAGAAACUAAGCCAACUGAAGUCCUUCAGAGGAACCAAUUUAUCAUUAGUUUAUAAAGUCGUAGGUCUCAUUUUCACCGACGUUUACUUUUUUUUUCAUCGAU